AUGACAUCUGGACAACUUGAGACAUCUCAAAAUGAUCGUCGUGGCGUAGCUCAAAGAAUUGGAAAUGAAGUUCGUGGAGAAGGCAGAGAAAUUGAAUAUGAAGCUCUUGGAGCAGCUAGACGCCUUGGCAACAGACGCCGUGGAGUGGGAAAUGUAUCAUACGGAGGAUAUACUCCAGGAUAUACUCCAGGAUAUAACUCUCAGCCUCCACUAAAUGUUUUUGUUCAAUGGACACCAGAAUUUGGCGCGGCUUAUCAACAGUUCGUUAAUGGUGGCAGGGGUGGCAUGGGUAUGGGUGGUUAUCCUAUGGGAGGUAUGGGUGGAUAUCCUAUGGGUGGAAUGGGUGGUAUGGGUGGAAUGGGUGGAAUGGGUGGAAUGGGUGGAAUGGGUGGUAUGGGUGGAUAUGGAGGAGGAAUACAAGGAUAUCCAAUUGGAUUUGGUGUUACAACAAGUUAA